AUGAACACCUUGUCACCUCACAUUGCCAACGCCUGGGACCCACCCCCACCCGGAAAGCUUGAUUGCUCUUCUUGCAGCCGGUUGAUACCAGGCCUCUGCACCACAUUCUGUGGUUACUGUAUCGCAGCGCGUGACACUCCAGGGGUCAAGCUUGUUCACUGUGACUCAUGUUCAAUCGGGUAUCCACAGCUCACUGGUUCACCGCCUGUCUGUUGCCCAUGCUUAGCCAAAGACCUUGGGAACUCGCCAGCUCCGCAAAGAUUUCCCCGAUGUAAUGUGGAUCCAUCCUCCCAGUUAGGAUCAAACCUUGGUGCUAAACGUCCUCGGGCAUCCGAAACCUACAUUGAACUGUCUCGCAUGAAUAAUUUAACUCAAUUCCGUCUGUCAAAUCUAGGUCCUCCUGAUGUACAACACCCUGACCUUGUGAGUGAACAACAGUCAAACAUCUGGGGACGCCAACGACGUUUGGACAGUGCAGAAUCCAAUAAAGUCGGUUCCAGCAGUCUCCAUAGAGGGGGUGGCGCCAAAGCAACACCAGGCGGCUUUUCCGGUCUGGCUACUCAUACACUGAAUGUCACCGCUCAACUUGUCAUUUCUACCGUCCCAAUCAAAUGUCCACAAGACAAUGGAGUCAGAACAUACUCAAACUUGAUCACUGUUUCGGACGAAAGUUGGCCAGGCCCUUUUGCUAGAGCUGCCUGGGCAGACAUUACACAAUAUUGCGUUGGUAUAGAUUUCCCCUCAGCAGAACUGGGUUGCCAGCAUCACAUCUUUCCUAUACCAACUGAAUUUUCCAACACAUACGUUUCAUUUGGUAUUGGAAGAGAUCACAUGUCAUAUGAACAAAUUCAAGCGCAUGUCAGUCAAUUGGCCAACCACAAGGCUCAACGGGGUCCUGCUCCAAAAUGUCUCAUUAGUCUAAUAUUCACUCCGGUGUUGUAUUUAAAAAUGGUCACAUCAGCCGAUUUCAAUUGGUUGACUGCAUUCUCUUUGGGUCUUUCGUUGCAAGGAUACCUUGAAGACCAGCCAGAAGACUUUGGUAAAUCAACGGCAGCAAUGAGUGAAAGUUCAAGUGUCUAUGAGGACGACGAUGAAUUUGAGCGGGUACAAGAUGCUCUUCGACUAUCCCUUCAAGAAACUGAUACACCAUAUCAGCUCCGAUCAAAGGCCACCAGCAAUCUAAGUGUCACAUCCCAGGGAUCUAAGAUUCCAUCCUGGUGGUUCAACCCAUCAAAUGACACCCUACCAUUCUGGGGUUCCAUUACUGAUGCCCCUGUGACUGGAGAAUUAGAAGGCAUGAUUGUCAACCGGCCUGUUGUGCAAGAUAUGUCAUUUAUUUCACGCAUCUUUGGGUCUGACCUACAAUCUGCUGAUAACGGUACCCCCGACCUACGUUUCUUGGGGGAGAUUGCUAUUCCAAUCUCAACUACCUGGGCAAACUCCACACAAGCCCUGCUUGGGAAGAACGCGGUCUUGCUUGCGUUACAUUUGCAACCCGUGACACAAGAUCCGGACCUAAGCCUUGAGUGUCCUGCUCACUGUGACCCGACGUUCAAGAGUUUGAAAGCAGUGGAAAUAUCAAUCAAACCAUGGCAAGCAAUCUUCCAUGUUGACAAAGGUAACCUAUUCCCUUCAAGUGGGCUGGAAGACCGGCAUGGUGGACAAAUCUUAUUUGAAGGUUCUAUAAUCAAUAUUGUGGCGAGACGACACUUGAAAGGGACCAAGCUUUUGAACUAUAUGGAAGAGUUCCAGAUGAAUGUCCAGGCUGCCAAACUUCUCUCCGACUUCCAAAGUUUUGUAGCCGGAAAGGCUGAGGUGCCUCCGCCUUUAGCUCAGCUUAUAAAAGAGUUAGAGGCCUUGCAUGCUUGGUCUCACUGGACUUUACAUUUGUACAAAGGUGAAGCUUUAUUGAGUGAAAUCUCUGCUGACGGAAAUCUGCUCUCAGGCUACCAGAUGGUGGACAGCAAUCCAAAGAUGUGGUGGUCAGCAGAAAACACAAGCAAGAAGGGUGUAUGGCAUUUUGCCAAUUCUCAUGUAUGUUCACCAUUAUGUGAAGCACUGGGUUUGCUUCCUGUCAAUCCAGAAUUACACAUACCACGGGGUACAGCCAUGGGGUUGUUUGGUAUGCAACAAAUGCAAGGUGGUCAUGAUGUAAGUUUGGACAACAGUGUUUCAGAUGGGGGCUGUUUGACUCAAGCAAGUGGGUCAUUCGGUGGUUAA